CCCAUAUCCAGUAAAGAGAGUGAGGGAGAACAAAGAUCUACAUCCGUGAGUGACAAGAGUGGCGUAUGGCUCCAAACUUAAGCCCAGCUUUUGCCUACACCGUCGUCUACGUCCAAGAUGUCGCUAAGUCGGUGGCCUUCUACUCCAACGCCUUCGGCUACAGCGUCCGUCGCCUUGACGAGUCCCACAAAUGGGGCGAGUUGGAUAGCGGGCAGACGACGAUCGCCUUCACGCCGGUGCAUCAGAGGGAGACCGACGGCUUGACGGGAGCAGUGCAGGCUCCAGCCGGGGGAUUGGAGAGGGGGCCCGUGGAGGUCUGCUUCGCUUUUGCCGACGUAGAUGCGGCCUACAAAAGGGCGGUAGAGAACGGAGCCGUUCCAGUGAGCAAGCCCGAAGACAAGGUUUGGGGUCAGAGGGUCGGCUAUGUUCGGGACAUCGACGGCAUCGUCGUGCGCCUGGGAAGCUACGUGGAGGAGCCGCGUCCAUGAAUAAUCUCUCUCACUGCUACAUAUCGCCCUUCGGAUUGCAUUACGUUAUGCGGCAGAUGCCAUGGUCUUUGAGAUUCGGCUAGUUAUGACUAUAUCUAAAAUUAACUAAUGCAGGCACCACUAGCAUUCUAAGUAAUCUGUAAGGAUAUUAAAUAAAGUUCUGCACUGCACCCGAAUAAACUAAUAAUCGUA